CCACUCCGUGGACUUAUCAACGUCAAAUUUUCCGAUACGACCAACCAGCUUUGAGUAAUUCGCUUUUAUUGCGCUGUCUCCUAGCUUAGGUCACCUCCUCACCUCCUUCGACCGAUUUCAUCCACUGUUUCUGUGCUAUAAGGCGUUGAGCGCAUUUUCUUCUUAACGUUCCAACGACAUAAAAUAAGCAAUCAAAAUGUUCGCCUGCGCCAAAUUGAUCAGCCCAGUCGCACGAAGUGCCCUCAUCUCCACCUCUAAGGCUUAUGUUAGGCCAUUGAGCUCUGCAAUUAGUCAAAGUCAAUCGUUAUUAGUUCAGAGUCCAGUAGUACAACAGAACCAACAGAAACAGCCAUCAUUAUUAGCUGCAGUUCGUCAAUUCCAAACUUCCCCUGUGUCAAGGGAUAUUGAUUCCGCAGCUAAAUUUAUUGGUGCAGGAGCUGCUACAGUAGGAGUAGCUGGUUCUGGUGCUGGUAUUGGAACAGUAUUCGGUUCCCUCAUCAUCGGUUAUGCCAGGAAUCCAAGUCUUAAACAACAGUUGUUCUCAUAUGCUAUCUUAGGAUUUGCCUUGUCCGAGGCUAUGGGUCUUUUCUGUCUUAUGAUGGCGUUCUUGUUGUUGUUCGCCUUCUAAACACUGCCAUAGGCAUAAAAAAACAUACCUGUUUACCAUCAUUCUCAUGCUGUUAAGAAAAGAUCAUAAACUCAUACAACUUAAGUUAAAUGCAGCAAUAGGAGAUUUUUUUUUACGUAGGAGGGUUCCAAAAUUAUAUGACAAAUAUCAGUGACUUUGGGCUUACAUUAAAAGAUGAACUUGUCAUAUAUUAUUGGAAAUCGUAUGCAUGUAUUGGAAGUGACUAUUGCAUAAUGUACAGCGUUUAGAUAAUAAUAAAACACCUUGGUUGAAUUUUCUCAAUUAAGGCUAAA